UGGUGCCGCUGCUCACCACAAAGGCGAAGAAAAAACUGAGGCUCCAGACAACUCCAUUACUCGCCGAGAGAGCGUCCCUCCGCGACGCAGGGAAGCAGACCACAAUAGUGCGUAGUCCGGAAUGUGAACUGCACUGUUCUGAAAGAUCUUCAGGUGGAGCCGGGUUUUGGCAAAGAUUCUUGCCCGUAAGCGCGACUAAGGGACGCUGACAUAUAUUUAAAGGGAGAACAGGUAUCUGUAGAAGAGAUUCGGUUACAAGGAAACAUGAGGAUGAGAAAUAGUGAGGAAGGCCUGACAAGGCAGGUUCUGUCUCUGAUCCUUUUUCUCUGUGUGCCGGAGGUGACAACUGAAACGCUUCGCUAUGCUGUGACUGAAGAAACCGGAAGCGGGUCGUUCGUGGCGAAUAUUGCAAAGGAUUUGGGGCUGGAAGCCGAAAAACUGUCCUCUCGGCAGGCCCGGAUUAUUUCUGAAGGGGAAAAACAGUAUUUUCAGCUAGACCGCAGCACCGGGGAUUUGUUUAUACAAGAAAAAAUAGAUCGAGAGGAGCUCUGCGGGCAGAUCGACCCCUGCCUGGUACAUUUUGAGAUAUCGCUGCAGAGUCCGCUACAGUCCUACCGAGCUGAGGUAAGCGUUUAUGAUAUCAAUGAUCAUUCCCCGGUGUUCUUAAAUAAUGAAUUUAUUUUAAAGAUCUCGGAAAGUACUAUGCCUGGAAAUCGGUUUUUACUGGAGGGUGCCCAGGAUUUAGAUGUGAGCAACAACAGUCUCCAGCAUUACAGCAUUAGCUCUAAUGACUAUUUUCAGAUUUAUACUCGGGAUCGCAGUGACGGCAGAAAGUACGCAGAGCUGGUGCUGGAUAAACCCCUGGACCGGGAGGAGAAGUCGGAGAUCUGUUUCACACUCACAGCUAUCGAUGGUGGUUCCCCACCGCUGUCGGGUACAGCCCGAAUUCGAGUUAUGGUUCUGGAUAUAAACGACAAUAAUCCGGUAUUUUCUCGGCUUCUUUAUAAAGUCCAGAUUUUGGAAAAUAGACCUGAAGAUUAUUUGUUAGCUACCGUCUCUGCUACCGAUUUAGACGAAGGAAUUAAUGGGGAAAUAUCCUAUUCUAUUAUUCAAAAUUCAGAGGAAAAUCGCCAAACUUUUAAAAUAAAUCCCCUCACCGGGGAAAUUCGACUCAAGCAGCCACUGGAUUUUGAAGACAGAGAAAACUAUGAGAUAGACAUACAGGGCAUAGAUGGAGGGGGCCUGUCUGCACACUGCAAAGUCCUGGUGGAAUUGCUGGAUAUGAAUGACAAUGCUCCGGAGGUGACCAUAACAUCCCUCACCAGCCCUAUCCCCGAGAACUCCCAGCCGGGGAGAGUGAUGGCUCUGUUCAGUGUCAGGGACCGGGACUCCGGCGAUAAUGGGAAAACGGUCUGCUCCAUAGAAGAGGAGCUGCCUUUUACUGUCAGAAAAGUAUCAAAAACUUCCUACUCUCUGGUGACUGAAAGAUCACUGGAUCGUGAGAGACUGUCGGAGUACAGCAUAACAAUCACUGCUCAGGAUUUGGGAUCUCCCAGUCUCUCUACUGCAGUGACAAUCACAGUGGAAAUAUCAGAUAUUAAUGACAAUUCUCCCGUGUUUAAUGAAGCGUCAUAUACUAUGUAUACAAGAGAAAACAACGCGCCAGGGAUAAAGAUUGGUAAAGUCAGUGCUAUCGAUUCUGACUCAGAGCAGAAUGCCAAAGUGACAUACUCUCUAUUGCCUGCUGAGGUAGGUGGCCUUCCGCUUCUCUCUUAUAUCUCCAUAAACUCGGAAAAUGGGAAUGUGUACGCUCUGAGAUCCAUGGAUUAUGAACAGAUAAGAGAGUUCCAGGUCACUGUGAGAGCUGCAGAUGGCGGGUCCCCUCCACUGAGCUCUGAAGUCAUUAUCCGAGUUGUGAUAAUUGAUGAAAAUGACAACGCCCCCUUCAUUUUAUACCCUCUGCAGAACAGCAGCUCCCCCGCUAAUGACCUGGUUCCCAGAUCGGCGGAGGCGGGUUACCUGGUGACGAAGGUGGUGGCUGUGGAUGGGGAUUCCGGUCAGAAUUCUUGGCUUUCCUAUCACUUGUUGAAGGCCACUGACCCAGGUCUCUUCACUGUGGCUUCCCAAAAUGGUGAAAUAAGGACCACUAGGCCAUUAAAUGAACGAGACAGCUUCAAGCAGAAACUUUUUAUCCUGACUAAAGAUAACGGAGAACCAUCCCUAUCAACUACAGCGACGCUAAAUUUUCUUGUGGUGGAUGGAUUUUCAGACGCAUAUAUGCAGAUUUUUGAGGUACCCAACGAAGAAGAGAAGGACAGCACAUUGACUACCUAUUUAGUGAUAGCGCUGGCUAUGCUUUCAUUCAUUUUUUUAUUUUCGAUAAUAUUAUUUGUAAUUAUUAAGGGAUGUAAAAGGCGAAAUUUUAGUGAAAAAUAUAACUCGGCUUGUGACAAUUUUUAUGGCGCUAACGGCUCCCCCAGUAAUUUAGUAGAUGCCAGUGGAACCGGAAUCCUAUCCCAGCCUUGUCAUUAUGAAGUCUGUUUGACCAAGGGAUCGAGUAACAGCGAGUUUAAGUUUCUCAGACCAAUAAACCCUAGUUUUCUUUCUCAGAAUUCUGAAAUAGACAAGGUCAGAGACAAUGAUUUUCUUAAUAGUUCCCAUGCGGGUAGUCAGAUAGAAUCAAUGAGUCAGGACAGCAUAUCUGCUUGUGUUGAUUAAUAUUUAAUUUUCCAAACUUGCUUUGAUGCUUGUUAGUAAGAGUUUAACAGAAUUUUAAACAAUUUGAGUGUACAUAGUAAUAAUGUAGCCGUAUGUAUCCCUACUAUUCAAUCUUCACGCCUUUGCCUUGUGCUUUAAUUAUGAAUAUUCCUCUUAUCAUAGAAAUCCAUUGAUGAUGAUGAUUGAUAGCGAUGUCCUUGUGUGUACAGAUAUUGUUUUAGAUUAGUGAUUUUUGGUUAAAUUUUCGAGAGCGACAGAAAUACCUAAGUAUCAGUGUUAGUCUGGAUCGUCGGAUGCACGAAGUGGGAUUCACCCAAGAAAGCUUAUGCUCCAAUACGUCUGUUAGUCUAUAAGGUGCCACAAGACUCUUUGCCAGAAAUGCCUAAAUCACUUUUGAAAAUGGAACUUCGUCCUAAAUCACUUUUGAAAAUUGAACUUCGACCUAAAUCACUUAGUCACUUUUGAAAAUUUUACCCUUUGUUGCGAAACUGUAGUAUUGUGUGGAAUGAAGAACAUGUAACUCUCUCAGCUCCACUGAAAUCUCAAUAAAAUUAUCCCUCUUUGAACUCUGCUUGAUCAGGUUCAUGAAAUAUAGUUAGGAGGUCACUUAGUUCCAUGAAUUAACAUGUAAUGCAACAUACGUGUAAAAUCUUGUCACGUAGAAAAAGUUGAGGCAAAAUCCCGACUGAUUUCCUUUAGGACCGGAAUGUAGGGAUCGCUAUUAGCUGGAAAGACUUGAAGUGUCAUUGCUUAGCUUAUCCACCGGCAUUGUGGAAGUCAUGGAACAACACUGUUCAUAGAGUACCUCAGAUAUAGAAUGUAUCGUAUAUAUCUGGAUCAAAAUUUUCCAGAUGGGGGCCUAAACACAGGCAAGCAAACGUAUAUUUAGGCACCCGAAUAAAAGUAGCCUUUUUUUUCUGGGCUUCCAUUUUCUUCAAUGGGAGUUGAAGGAACCUGUAACCUGGAAAGUUAGACCACGCCUCUAAGGUUUAAACACUGAUUUUGCAGACCGUUACCCUCGCCUUUAAUUUCUCCAUUGACGGUUGAGCUCACAACCACAUUUGGAAACCCUUACAAAUUUCCUCAUAUUAUUUCGGUUAAAAACGAAUCUGACCUUUAACAUAUGUUCUUCGAUAUGGGUCAUACCCCUAACAUGUCUAUAUUCACACCAGAGGUAUGACCCUUUCCAGGCUUAGCUGUGGUCUUCACAAUUAUUCACUUUUUACAUGGUUCACCAAACCCUGUGGGACACUUACCCUCCAGAUGUCUCUGGCUAAUAUCAUGGUCACUGUCCACUAGCAUUUUUAGCACUGAAAUGAUGGCAUAUCAUCCCAACAGUCAUAUCUUGUGUGUGUGUUCAUCUCUUGGUUAAACUUUGUAGUUGGUUACAUCAUUAUUCACUCAAAUUAAACGUCUCUGUGUUAAAUUAGCACAUAUCAGGAAUAAGAUUAAGCGAUUUGAAGUGAAAUAGCUGGAGUGUAUUGUGACUGCAUGUUCUGUUCCCUAAACUCAAUAAAAUCUAUAUUUGCCCUGC